GAGAGAGAGAGAUCUGAAUGAUAUUGCUUUAUAAGUCCGCAUAUAGAGACACCACAUCUCUUUCUUUGCUCUUCAUUCACUUCUCUCAACGCCAAAUUUGCAGACUUUCCCAGGACCAUAAUUAUAGAAAAAGAAAAAAAAAAAAACUUUCCUUUUUGGAAUUUAAAUUGUGAAAAAUUCUCUUACCUUUUCUUCACCGUCAAUACUCUCUAACAAAACAUUCUCCGAUCGAUUCUUUCUUCUAUGCUCUGAUCAGACAACAAACUCACCGUGAAUUUUCUAUGUUCGAAUUUCUCUUGAGUUGUUGUUGAUGAUGAUGUUUAUGAUGGUUUGAUGCAGAUGGGUUUGCUGAAAGUUUCCUUUUUUACUUAAACAAAUCAAAAGUUUAGAGCUUGUUGAACGAUACUUUCAGACUUCAGAAUUUGCAGAUUGUUAAUAAUGGAUGCUACAACGAGUGGAAUCCCGGGUUUACAGUACAUUAACUUACCGGAGCAACCGGUUUCGACUACUACUUCUCCUCCAGUGUCUCCAUUUCAGAGGCCAAAACGUCAUUGUUUUGGUGACUCAACUCCUGGAGAGUUUCCUUUAGCAGCUAACCCUUCUAUUGUCCUUCAUGUUCUCACUGAAUGUAGAUUGGAUCCUCGUGACCUCGCUAAUCUAGAGGCAACAUGCUCUUUCUUUAGCCAGCCAGCAAACUUUGCUCCGGACUGUAAUCUAUCGUUACCGGAGCUGGCUGCUCUUGACAUGUGUAAUAAAAGGGUGAUCUUCAAGCCGAUGAAUGAAGAAGAACGUCAAGAGAUGAAACGCAGAUGUGGAGGAUCAUGGAAGUUAGUCCUUAGGUUUUUGCUGGCUGGUGAAGCGUGUUGCCGAAGAGAGAAAUCUCAAGCAAUUGCUGGUCCUGGUCAUAGUAUUGCAGUCACAUCGAAAGGCCAAGUUUAUACUUUCGGAUAUAACAACUCUGGACAGCUAGGACACGGCCAUACCGAGGAGGAAGCUCCAAUCCAACCUGUUAGAUCAUUGCAGGGGAUACGAAUCAUCCAAGCAGCUGCUGGUGCUGGUCGGACAAUGCUAAUAACCGAUGACGGGAAAGUUUAUGCGUGUGGAAAAGAUUGUUUCGGGGAAGCUGAACAUGGAGGGCAAGGGACUAAACCGGUUACAACUCCUCAGCUUGUAACAUCUUUGAAGAACAUAUUUGUUGUGCAAGCGGCUAUCGGGAAUUACUUUACCGCUGUUCUCUCCCGAGAAGGAACGGUUUAUACAUUCUCGUGGGGCAAGGAAGGUAUACUAGGACAUGGAACCGAGGCUGCGGAUGUCGAACCACAUCCUCUGUUAGGCCCACUCGAGAAUGUACCCGUUGUACAGAUUGCUGCUGGUUAUUGCUACCUUCUUGCCUUAGCUUGUCAACCAAAUGGCAUGUCUGUUUACUCGGUUGGUUGCGGUUUGGGAGGCAAACUAGGUCACGGCUCAAGAACGGAUGAGAAGUAUCCUAGGGUAAUCGAGCAGUUUAAGAUAUUAAAUCUUCAACCUAGGGUGGUUGCAGCAGGUGCUUGGCAUGCCGCGGUGGUAGGUCAGGAUGGAAGAGUGUGUACUUGGGGUUGGGGAAGAUAUGGAUGCUUAGGACACGGUAACGAGGAAUGUGAAUCAGUUCCUAAGGUUGUUGAAGGGCUAAGCCAUGUAAAGGCAGUUCAUGUUGCAACAGGAGAUUACACUACUUUUGUGGUCUCGGAUGAUGGCGAUGUUUUUUCGUUUGGCUGCGGCGAAUCCGCUAGUCUCGGUCACAGUCCCGUCUUUGAUGAACAGGGUAAUCGGAUUGCGAACGUGUUGAGUCCAGCGGUAGUAACAUCGCUGAAACAAGCGAAUGAGCGGAUGGUUCAGAUUAGUCUAACGAACUCGUUAUAUUGGAACGCUCAUACGUUUGCGCUCACGGAAUCAGGGAAGCUAUACGCGUUUGGUGCAGGCGAUAAGGGUCAGCUCGGAACAGAGCUUGGUAGAAACCAAUCAGAAAGGUGUUUACCGGAAAAAGUGGAUAUAGAUCUCAGCUAGCAAUUUCGUUGGCAAGAAUUGCGUUUGUUUGGAUCGCAAGAAAUUUGCGUGUUCUGUUUAUGUAUGUUUAUAAGGUUGUACAAAAGGGGGAACAGAAAAGUUAAGGAACUUGUCUUAACAUUUCAUUGUAUAGGGUUUUAGAUUAUUCUAAUUUGUUGUUCAUGGAUGAUUUAGGUUAUGUUAUUAAUAAUUGUCAAAUAAUCUCAUUUAAUCGAUUUAUUGUC